AUGGGUAAUCAACAAACAACGGGUCGUACUCGUAGUGAUACAUAUACAAGAUAUGAACGCGAUGGUGAAGAUGGUCGUUAUGUUACUCUCGAUCAUCAGGAUUCUAGCGUAAGCAGUCAUGUAUCAACACCUGAUGACAAAAUGGUACCACGGCAUGAUUCAAGUUUACCAAUACGUAUUCGUAAUCAACGUCAAGUGCAUCAACAUCAUUCACAACAAGCUGUUCAUUCAGAAAUGCACAAUGAAAAAAAAACUAUUCCUGUUGUAUUCAAAUAUCCAGCAUUACCGAAAGAUAAAGAAGCAUUACUCACCGGUUCAUUUACUAAUUGGAAAGAAAUGAUAACAAUGGUCAAAAGUGAUAAUGAUUUUGUUGCUAUUUUGGAAUUACCUGAAGGUGAACAUGAGUAUAAAUUUCAAAUUGAUGGCCGUUGGGAAUAUGAUAUAAACGAGCCAUCGAAAGAUGAUGAUCGCAAUGGCCGUAAUAAUAUAGUAACAGUUAAAAAAAGCGAUUUCGAAGUUAUGGAAGCACUUACAUCAGAUUCAAUUCUAUCCAGUAGUCAAAGUGCGAAUUUAGUUAAACAGCAGUCCACUGACACAGAUAUGGCCCGUUCUCCACCAGGCUCUUAUGAACAAACCUGGCCACCAACAACUCAAAAAGAAUUUUCACAAACAGAUAAACCACCAUUUCUACCACCACAUCUACUGAAUAUUAUUCUUAAUAAAGAUACAGCAGCUCAUUAUGAACCAGCUCUAUUGCCAGAGCCAAAUCAUGUUAUGUUAAAACAUCUUUAUGCAUUAUCCAUUCGUGACGGUGUUAUGGUAUUAAGUACAACAACACGUUACAGACACAAAUUUGUUACAACAUGUUUUUAUAAGCCGACAAGCAAAUAA